GGCGCCACUUUCCUUUUUCUUUUUUUUUUCCAUUAAAAAACAAACCCUCCAUUAAAUUAGCUUCUUAACCAUUCUAGUACUACUGAGUGCUGGUACCAUUUUUAUGAUAAAAAAAUAUAAUUUUUUCUUUUUUUUUAUUACUAAAAAAGGGUCUUUUCUCAUUCCUUUUCCCACAAAGAAACAGUAGCAGUAAAUAGUAAUCCACUAAUCUGGUUUCAAAUUUCAAAAUCCCAAAAAAAAAAGGUACUACAUAAAGGGAAUUGAGCAGCAGAUACCCUUGUUUUGUUUGCAUUCAAAAUCCAUUUUUAAGAAGCAAACGGGAGAGAGAGAAGAAAAAGUCGAUGCUUUGAUCCUUUGAUCUUUAUUUUCAUGGCUGGAACGUGGUUGGUUGACGGUAACAGAAUUGCAACAAAAAUCAGGAGUGCAUCUAAUCCUGAAAGGGUGACAUGGAAAAGCAAUCCAACUAGAUCUUGUCCCAGUUGCCAUCAUACUAUUGACAACAGUGAUGUCACUCAAGCCUGGCCAGGAUUACCACGAGGUGUCAAAUUUGAUCCAUCUGAUCAAGAGAUCAUAUGGCAUUUACUUACGAAAGUUGGUGUGGAAGAUUCAAAACCCCAUCCAUUCAUUAAUGAGUUCAUUCCAACCAUUGAAAAUGAUGAUGGUAUCUGUUAUACACAUCCCCAAAAAUUACCAGGUGUUAAGCAAGAUGGAAGUGUGUCCCACUUCUUUCAUCGAGCUAUCAAAGCUUACAAUACUGGAACUCGGAAGCGUCGAAAGAUCCAUGGUGAUGAUUUUGGUGAUGUCCGCUGGCACAAAACUGGUAGGACAAAACCAGUGUUGUUGGAUGGUGUUCAAAGAGGAUGCAAGAAGAUUAUGGUUCUCUAUAUGACCAUGGUUAAAGGUGGAAAACCUGAGAAGACCAAUUGGGUGAUGCACCAAUAUCACCUAGGAACCGAGGAGGAUGAAAAGGAUGGGGAGUAUGUUAUAUCUAAAAUAUUUCAUCAGCAGCAGCAAAUCAAACAGGGCGAUAAAUGUGAGCAAGAUUUACCUGAAAUGACUGAUACAACUAUUGUCAAAGUAGAUCCAGUCACACCCAAGUCUGUGACGCCUGAUCCUCCACGUACAGGGAGGCAAUGUCAUGAAUAUGACCAAGGGCAGGAGUAUACUAUUGCUUGCAUCAAUCCCUCUGCUCAGGUUCUUUCACCAAAGCAUCCUACAAUGCAGUAUGUAGAAGACUACGUUCAAACUGAAUGUGAAAGUUCCAGUCAUAAUGAUCUACCUGAUCCAGAAAAUCAUCUUAAUCAGAUGUUAGACAAUAAUAAUGAUAAUCGUGCUGAGGAAGACCCUAAAUGGUGGGAUGGUGAGUCACAGUAUUUGUUGGAUUCACAACAGCUAGUGGAAGGGCUGUCCCUUUGUGAUGAGCUUCUUCAAAGCCAGUCACCAAAUAGGGAUGCUAAUGUUGAUGAUGGAGCACUGAACAGCAAACCCCGUCUUUCUGAUUAUGCUCAGUUAGGAGCAGAACAUCUUAAGAAGGAUUUGGAGGAGUGUCAGAACCUGGAAGGUGAUCCAGCAAACAUAGAGCUUGAUACACCACCGGAGUUCCGACUGAGUCAGCUUGAAUUUGGAUCACAAGAUAGCUUUAUUGCUUGGGGUGGGAGCAAGGUGAUCGACUAAAUACGUUUGUCAUGGAUUGUGGAGUACGUAGUAAAAACGAUUUUGUCAAAACUUUAUCCGAUCAAUCAUCAUCCUCAGGAUUUAUGUCAACUGUAAAUUUUGCUGGGACGCUGGAACUAUGUUUAAUGAUGGUGAAGAUACUGUUGACUUUUUGCUGGCAAUGAAUUGAAGAUACGUAGAGCAAGGAUUACUAAUGUCCCUACGAUCUGUAUUCUUAAUCACAGUAAUGAAGCCUUGUGUUUAGUUAUAUAAAUCUAUCCAUGACAUGCUUUUGAAAAAUAUUCACCAGACUAGUGUAAUAUAACAAGCUUCAUUAUAAACGA